AUGAAAAGACUUUGGCUGUUUAUUUUCAGUGCAAUUCUGGCGACUGCUCAUGCCCUCACUGUGGAAGCACCUGCCAAGGAAAUACAGGUGGCACGAGGGAACAAUAUUACUCUCCGCUGUCAUUUUAAAACUACAGCUUCUAUUACCCCAGGAGACAUUGUUGUCUGGACGAAAACCAAUAGCACGGAUGAUGUUGUCACUAGGUAUUUUGAUGGGCUUGUACAGUAUGGCAAGGGCUAUGAAAACCGUAUACAGUUUAGUGGUGAUGUAAACAAAGGGGACAUCAGUAUCACCAUCAAUUCAGUGACCAUGGAAGACAACGGGACAUAUGCAUGCAACGUUCGUCUACGGAAUGACCCCCCCAGGCAUUCUGCAACCUUGGCUCUUUUAGUCCUUGUUGCACCGUCCAAGCCAGAAUGCAAGAUUCUGGGGACAGCAGAAUAUGGACAGACAAUCAAUCUCACCUGCAUGUCUCAUGAGGGCUCCCCAAAGCCCAGAUAUACCUGGCAAAGCUUCAAUGUACGAAAUGAGCCCCGUGUACUACAAACAACAGAAG